AUGUUAGCCUGGAGAGCUGACGCGGGAUGCUCCGGAUUGAUAGAACCGGAGCAGGCGCAAAUGAUCAUGGAAUUGAUAAUGACUGAAGGGUUUUUGUCCAAUCCGGACAUCGUGGGAACGCAAAAGGUCGCCGUCACGAAGAUCCCCGCUGAAUUCCUUGACUCUGCUUAUGAGGAAUGUGAUGCUGCUUCAGUGGGCGCCUUCAGGCCCUUCAUUGCUCGCAUUGAGAAAGCGCAGAGGCUUGCCAAGGAGGCCCAGGAGCAAGAGGUGGAGAAGAGCAUUCGGCAAGCGGAUGUUAAGGCUGUGCUCGCAAAGCUGCAAUCGGACCUUGAAGUGCUCGCUGCCCGCCUCCCUCAAGAUGCUCAGACGGCCCUGAAGAAUGCCAAGGACGUCAAGUACAUUCGUGACAGGAAAGGCGAGCAGUAUGUGACCAAAUGGAUGGCAAAACAUUGCAUGCUAGUACAAGUGGAGGAUGACUACUCAGGGGCUGUCUCAGCAUUCCUGAAAUUCCGGGAACAAUUCAGAGGACGACCUGGGGAUGAGCUGCUCGCUUCAAAUAUUAAGGACUGUCGGUAUGCAAUUGUGGGAUUCGAUGCGACAGUGUGGCCAUCGAAUGCAAGCCAAGUCGCAAACGCCACCCACAUUUUGUGCAGCCUGCUAUCAAUGAGUUCGACCAACAUCGGCUUUGUGCAAUACCCGGUCCUACAAUCCCAGACGAACCAGUCAGCAGUUGUGAAGCACCGCCAUCUCCUUGACCUUGCGUUGUUGAAAGGAGGGCUUACUCUCAGCAACAACAUCCAGGCGCUGUAUACCAAGCCAGAAUCGUCGCAAAAAGAUGCUCGCAGUAUGUGCCAACUGGCGGUUGCCUCCUUUCACGGCAACUUCAGCGAUGCGUCGUUCUUGGAGUCUCAGGGAGUGAGAUCUGGGAAGAUCGGACCAUGUCCACUCAUCCGUGUAUCGGACUUCCAAGGCUUCGAUGAUGAUAGCAAACCCUCACCUUCCGCACGGGCUGAGCAGAAGGGGACAGAAUGCGCUAACGCUGCCAUUGAUGGCUUGUUGGAUGGCAUGAGUUUCAACGAUUCGGACCGAGUCUAUUGGGUUGAUGUGCUGAGCAAUGAGUUUGCAGAGUUUGGUCGCGCGACCAUCGAGCGCAAUUGGAAGGAGAACGCCAGGAAAGUGCUCUAUGUGGGAUUCCUCAAUGCCAAGCAAGCGGCUCGAGCUACCAAGAAGUUUCGGGACUAUGUGUACAGGCAAUGGGACGAUAGCUCAGGAGCCCCUCCAAAAACUCGACCUCCGGAUGAUGAGGACACACGGGUGGAGGUGCCGGAGCUCCAGAUCCUUGCGUGGCAGAACGGGGGUCCGACUUGGCCUCCGACUUUGUCUUCGAGAUUUGACGAGGGCACAGAUGAGCACACUACUGUCAUGGCUAAGAAGCUUGAAUUUGAGAAGAUGUUCCCACCCAGCGUGCGGGGCACAGCCAGCAAGCCAACCCGCGGACGGGCGCCUGGACGAGCAGGGGGGUUUUGUGACUUCACGGUGGACAGUGGAAAAGAGCCACUGGACAUCACCAGGGCCAUCUCUCUUUCUGCUGUUUCGGCGAAGGACUUUGAGUCGGAAUUGAAUGGGCUUGGCAUGGCUGAAGGCAAGUCAGGGAAGCCGGCAGUCCUGAUUGCUUCCAACCUCAAUGUAUGGUUGGGAAACCAGACGGGGGAAGACAUGAACGUGCAGGCGCAAGAGCUCUUUGGAUUUGGGGUUGGUGCAUUUGAGGAGAAAGAAGUCCGUGCUUUGGCAGAUUUUUUUGAAGGGCCAAAUCAUCUAGCCUUUUGGGCGGAAUCUGCAACCAUUCCCUUUCGUUUGGCUUCUGAUUUGGACUUGGUGAGCUUCAAGAAAGAGCUUCAACCGCUAUGUCACUUCAUGCGAAUGCUCGCAAUUGACAAGGGAUUGGGUGAAGUCCAGAUGGAAGAUCAUGAUGUGACACAACGCUUCCUUCCACCUGAG